AUGGAUACUUUGGACGAAGGUACAAUCAUUCUUUACCGUGUUAAAUUUUUCAUUCUACUUAUAUUACAAACUUUAUCAAUAUUAAUUACUCUUGUUGUUUUUACUUUUUUUGUUACACAUCGCGCUCUUUUGAAUACUCCUCAAAAUCAAUCUAUAAUAUUUUUACUAAUUGUCAAUUUUCUCUUCGCAACAGUUGAUUUACCAUCACUUACACAUUUCUAUUCUAUUGGUCGUGUUAUUCCAGCAACAGCAGCUUAUUGUACAUGGUGGACAUUUUUUGAGUAUACUCUUAAUUUAAUUAAUGAACUACUCAUGACAACAAUUUCUAUUCAACGUCAUAUGCUUAUAUUUUAUACACAAGUUUUACAAAUACGUUUUAAACGUAUUGUAUUUUAUUAUUUACCUUUUUUAUUUUGUCUUAUUUAUCCAAUUGUAUUUUAUUUGAGUAUAAUCGUCUUAUAUCCAUGUGAUGGUACUCAAUGGGAUUUUACUUCAAAAGUAUGUGGCUAUGCUAAUUGUUAUCUUAUAUAUAGCAAAGUAUUGAGUACAUAUGAUUUAGCCGUGAAUAAUGGUCUACCAGUCGUAAUUAUUCUUCUAGCUAAUGCAACACUUAUAAUACGAGUUGUACGACAGAAACGUCGUCGACAACGGGUGAUCACUUGGAAAAAACAAAGACGAAUGACAUUGCAACUAUUUAGUAUUUCGACUCUCUAUUUAAUUGCAUGGUUACCUUGUCUUCUCAUUGGACUCGUUCAACAAUUGAGUUCUCCAAGUUUUUUAGCUGAUUUUCAAUUUAAUUAUGCACUUGAUCUUGUCUAUGUUAUAUAUCUUUUGUUACCUUGGCUAUGUCUUGGAUUACUGCCUGAAUUUCGUCAAUGGAUCUGGAAAAAAAUACAUCGUUGGACAACAGUACGUAAUAAUGACGUUAGACCUGUAUGA